AUGAGCGCCGUGGCGAAUCAUGCUCCUGGAAAGGAGCGGAAGGGAUCUAUUUUCAAACUGUUCGGCAAGCACAAGAAAGAACGGGCUCAAUCGGUGGCCCCGGACGAUGGACAUUCACAUAGGAGCUCCGUCUCCCAAACACCUCGCAGGAGCCUGCAGAUCUCAAGCAAGGAUGCCUAUAUCAUCGAGCAGCGGUCGACGAACGCUAGCUCUCUGAGCGGAGGUUCUAGCCUCGCAGCUGUGUCCACCCCGUACCAGCGAGACAAGCAAACCGGGGAGACAAAGUACGUGCGUGACACACAGACGGGCGAGAUCAUCGACCAUACCGAAAUGCUUCACUCCUUGGGUCUGGUUGAUUCGGCAAAAGAGGUGCCUCUUUUGAUGCGGAUACAGAGCCAGGACGGUACGGAGCCCGGCGAGAAGAUUGUCGCAAGACUUGAGGCGAAGAUAUGGGAUUCUAUCCACACAUAUCUCAGCUUGGCCGACGUUGCUGCACUGUCGUUCUCCUGCAAGGCCUUCCAUCAACGCCUGGGCGACAGUCCAUUCACAGACCUCAACCUGUCUGACAACAAGGACGAGAAGGAUGACUUCCUAAUACGAUUGGACAAGACUCUUCCGGCGCAUCUUCUAUGCUUCGAUUGCCAGAAGUAUCACAAGAGGUUAAAUCCUGGUGAAGAGAAAUUGAUGCCCGUCAACGUGUUGAACCCAGUGUACACGUGCCCGGAACUGGGCAAUCCGAACAAGAUCUACCCCAGGAUCCGACUGACCUUCGACCGUAUCUUACCGCUCACUUUCCUACAGCUUGCCAUGCGCGCCCACCGGUUUGCGCCUCAAUAUGGCAUCACUACAGAAUCUCUAUUCCGGCGAUACAAGGACAAAGUUGACGACAGCACUUGGUCGCACCAAACCAAAUUUGUUGUUGUCAAGGGCCACCUUCUCAUGCGAGUGAUGAGCCAGUGCUAUGCUCCUCCAGGCCUGCCGCCAGCUGGUGAACGACAUCUCCUGUACUCGCGACAAAACUUCAUUCCCUUUUUCUCAGUUUGCCCGCACUGGCAAGAUGGCGUGCUCAUGACCAACGUCAAAUGUGCUCUUCGCCACAUCCCGAAGCCGUUAGAGGGCAGUGGCAUCAACCGGAUCGCUAAUGAGGCAAAGCUUCAUUUCAAUCCACACAAUCCUAUCAUCAGCCUGUGUAACGAAUGCCGGCCCAUGCGACGAUGUCCUGAAUGUCCGUCGGAGUAUUUGAUCGAGGUUAGGAUGACCGAGGAUCGAAGUGACCCUUCAAAGCUGUUCAAACAGACUCUUGUGGUCACACGCUGGACCGACCUAGGAGAUGGGACCUCACCUUAUACACCGGAAUGGGCUGCACUUAAUGGCAGGCCGGGCUUUGAUUCCAUCCAAGCAUUGGGCAAGAGAGCUGUUGCGGGUCAAUUUGAAGCAGAAUUCAAUGGCGACGUCCUGCCUUCGCAAAAUAUGCUCUCGAUGAAUCCUGAGAAGGUCAAGCUAGGAGAGCGCGGCCAUGACUGGUAUUGA